GGAAGAAAAAUUCAUUAAAAAGUUGGGCCAACAAUGGCUUCUGUAGCACCGCUACACGAAGCCUUUCUUCCGUAUAAUUAAUGCACACAUACAUCCAGAUGGGAUGAUUUUAUCUUCCUUCUUCACUAGACCUAGAACCUAGCAGCAGUCAUUGAUUAAUUGUCAUGGAGGAAAUGUACGGCCUGCGUUGCACGAGGGGCGAGUACUACUCGCCGGAGAAUCUGCUUCCGCCGCCGCCGCCGCCGCCGCCGUCGACGUCGGAGGAUUAUUCUUACGCCUAUGCGGCGGGACCGUUUCGGCUUCCCAUGUUGGGAUCGGAGCAGGAGACUGCGCUGCUGUCGGCGGCGGCCUUGUCCAAAGCUGAGGCGACAGAUUCCGCCAAUAUCAACGUCGCACCGCAACUUAUUCAACGACCGGAAGAUGAAGAAGAAGAAGAAAAAGAAGAGGAAGAAGAAAAUCGUAUGUGGAGCAGUAGUAGUGCUACUGCGACUACUACGGUGAUCAAAGCCAGGAUCGCCUCUCAUCCUUGCUAUCCCAGAUUGCUCCAAGCGUACAUAGAUUGUCAGAAGGUGGGGGCGCCGCCGGAGGUUGCCUGUGUGUUAGAUGAAAUCCGGCGACAGUGCGAUCUUCGUAAGACAGAUACUUCUGUUACCACGUGCUUGGGAUUGGAUCCCGACCUCGACCACUUCAUGGAAAUGUUCUGUGAGGUGUUGGUGAAAUAUAAAUCAGAUCUAGAGAGGCCUUUGGACGAAGCAACCACCUUCUUUAAUAAUAUCCAAAUUCAGCUGCGUAACCUCUGCAACAAUGGUGCCUCCACUGCAACCCCUUCUGAUGAAGGUGCUGCUGUGUCAUCUGAUGAGGAAUUUAGCGGAGUAGAGAAAGAGGUGCUUCAGUCUCAAACAAGGGAUGAACAUGGAGAUCUUAAAGAUAGACUUUUACGUAGAUAUGGCAGUCAUAUAGGUUCGUUGAAGCUGGAAUUUUCGAAGAAGAGGAAGAAAGGAAAGCUACCGAGAGAGGCAAGGCAAAGACUGCUCGAUUGGUGGAAUGUUCACCACAAAUGGCCGUAUCCAUCGGAAGCUGAUAAAAUUGCGCUUGUGGAAUCAACAGGCUUAGAUCACAAGCAAAUUAACAAUUGGUUCAUCAAUCAACGGAAGCGUCACUGGAAGCCAGCAGAGAGCUUGCAGUUUUCUGUCAUGGAUAUAUAAUAUAAUCUUUCUAGAUAAUUUGAUGCCCAUUGUUAGCAACUUAAUUGUACAUUCUGAAGUGCUAUUGCUUCAUGUAGGUUUAUUCUGGAUUGGUAAGUCUGAACUGUAGUUGCAGCUAAUAACAGAACUCGAAUAGUUUUGAGCUAAUAACUUCUUUAUAUUUGUGGUAUUAGAAGCAAUGUUCUAUCUAUAA